UAAUUUUCCUUAUAUAAUUAAAAUUUACAAUGCCUUGUUGGUUUUUCCAUUAAAAAUCAAAACUCGUUGCAUAUAAAGCCGCUAGGCAGUAGCUAACCAAGCAGCAUUAAAAAAUAACAAUGGCUCAUUCCUUCAAAAUUUUCCUCUUCUUCACCCUCUCCAUUAUUCCCUUCUCCUACCAAAUCCAACACCCUCUGGACUCUUUAACUCCAAACGAGUUCAUCGAGGUUCAAGCCAUUUUUAACCAAUCAUACGCCACCUCCAACCACAACAUAACUUUUCAAUACGUUGGUUUGGAAGAACCAAAUAAACAGGCUGUCAUUUCAUGGCUAGAGAACUAUUUCACCACACCCCCACCUCGCCAAGCCUUUGUUAUUGCACGUAUAAACCAUAAGACUCAUGAAAUCAUAAUUGAUUUAUGGCGCAAGCGAAUAAUUUCUGAUCGAAUUUACAAUGGUUAUGGAUACCCUUUACUCACUUUUGAAGAACAAAACGCUGCAAAACAGUUGCUGUUUAAGUAUGCACCGUUUUUGGCUUCCAUAAGUAAGAGAGGGCUCAAGAUUGAGGAGGUAGUGUGCGCAAGUUUUACUGUAGGAUGGUACGGGGAGAAGAAAAAAGAUGGAAGGAUUGUUAAGGUUAUGUGUUAUUAUUUGGAUGGAACAGUUAAUCUCUAUAUGAGGCCAAUAGAAGCGAUCACAGUGACAGUUGAUCUUGAAGAAAUGAAGAUCAUACAUUUUCAGGAUAGAUUAAUGAUCCCUGUGCCAAAGGCAGCUGGGACGGACUACAGAGAAUCGGAGCAAAGCCCACCUUUCGGACCACCGUUGAAAAGAAUCACGGUUGUGCAGCCAGACGGGCCUAGUUUCAGCAUUGAUGGAAACAGAGUUAGGUGGGCUAAUUGGGAUUUUCAUUUGAGUUUCGAUUCUCGGGUCGGUCCAAUCAUAUCUUUAGCAUCGGUAUAUGACACUGAGAAGCAAAAAUUUCGUCGGGUGAUGUAUAGGGGAUUUCUAUCAGAGCUCUUUGUUCCGUACAUGGAUUUAACUGAGGAAUGGUACCAUAGAACAUUUUUUGAUGCCGGAGAAUAUGGAUAUGGUCUAUGUGCAGUGCGACUUGAACCACUUAGAGACUGCCCAGCUAAUGCAGUUUUCAUGGGCGGAUUUGUUGCUGGUCAGGAUGGGAUGCCUAUUGAGAUGCCUAAAGUUUUCUGCAUCUUCGAACGAAACGCUGGCGAUGUCAUGUGGCGACAUACUGAGACUGAGAUUCCAGAAGUACUGGUAACAGAGGUUAGGCCAGAUGUGAGCCUGAUAGUUAGGAUGGUCUCAACUGUGGGCAAUUAUGACUACAUAAAUGACUGGGAAUUCAAGCAGAUUGGUUCCAUUAAAGUCACAGUUGGGCUAUCUGGAUUACUAGAAGUAAGAGGAUCAAAAUAUACCCACAAAGACCAAAUAAAUGAGGAAGUCUAUGGCACAUUGUUGGCAGAAAAUACUAUAGGUGCUCACCAUGAUCAUUUCCUCACCUACUAUCUUGAUCUUGAUGUGGAUGGUGAUUCCAACUCCUUUGUCAAGUCCAAAUUGCAAACAACCAGAGUAACUGACCAAAGCUCCCCUAGAAAAAGUUAUUGGAAGGUUGUUAGUACGACAGCUAAAACUGAGUCAGAUGCAAAAAUUAAACUUGGCUUGGAGGCUGCUGAUCUUUUAGUUGUGAAUCCUAACAAGAAAACUAAAAUGGGUAAUCUUGUUGGCUACCGUCUGAUUCCAGGAUCAGUUGCAGGUCCUCUUCUAACGGACGAUGAUUAUCCACAGAUUCGGGGUGCCUUCACCAAGUACAAUGUGUGGGUUACACCAUAUAACAAAUCUGAAAAAUGGGCAGGGGGAUUAUAUACUGAUCAAAGCAGAGGAGAUGACACUUUAGCCACAUGGAGCAGCAGGUAUAGUCUUAUUAAAGUUUAUUUUUACAUUUUUCAUUUUGCGUUGGUUGGCAUUAUUAUAAUGUUGAUUAUUGGUUUAAUUUACAGGAAUAGAAGAAUAGAGAACAAGGACAUUGUAUUAUGGUACACAAUGGGCAUUCAUCAUGUACCUUACCAAGAAGAUUUUCCUUUGAUGCCAACAAUAAGCACCGGAUUUGAGCUCCGACCGGCAAACUUUUUUCAGUUCAAUCCGGUGCUUAAAGUGAAAGCUCCCAACGAUGUCAAGUGGCCUAAUUGCUCCAUAUCAGGCAAUGCAUGAAAAUUGCGGAUUAGUGGAUUCUGCAUUGUUGGAUAUGUUGGACUCCGUCCGCCCACAAUAAUAAGUGGAACCCAAUCCAAUAAAAGUUAAUUAAACCGCAUAGGGUAGUUUUCUCCCAAAUUAAUUGCCAUUUUUUUUUCCUUUUACGUUUGGAAACUGCUAUAACUUCCUUGUUAAAGACGAUACAUCUCGGCCAACAAUAAGAAUGAUCGUCUAAAAGAAAAAAAAAACAAAAAAGGUAGAGGGAGGAUGACGUGACUUGAAAAGGAAAAAAAAAAGAUAAAGGUUAACACUCAUCUUAAAACUUCGCAAUUGUUUAGAGAUUUUAAACUGUGAAACUCAGAAUCAUUUUCAAACGUGAUUUGGUUCCAAAUUCAUGAAUGAAGUCAAAGUGAUUUUACACAACAAUCGUUUGAAUGCAAGUUAAUUUUCGCCAAUUUAAUUAUUGUUAAUAGAAACAAUUUCUUUCAUUUGUUAUCUGAGCCAUAAAGCAGUUUGAAUGCAAUGUUAAGUACAAAUAGUAUAUAAUUUGCUAUGCUAUUUUGGUUCAGUUUAUUGAUAUUAAAUUAUCCGUUGAUAUGCAUAAUUUAUGUACAUAGAUAUAAAAAAAUUA